CUAAAUUUACAGUGGAAAUGGCAAAGAUUAUAAUCACAAUUUUGUUUCUUUGCCUGUAUGUUUGUAAUGGUGACAGAGCGAUCGAAUCAGAUGUAGGGAAAAUGAAGAAUGGUCAUCAGCUUAUGGCUCAUGGAGAUGACUGUCGAUCUUUAGCUCAUUAUUCCUAUAUUUGUGGUCUUGCAUGGGGUGGAACUGAUAACGCUGACAAGACAAUUUUAAAUACUGCUUUUGACGAUUGUUGUGAUGCAGCGAAUCGAGUUAGCUAUAAAUGUAUAAGAGUGCAUCAUCAUUGGGACAUAUAUUAUCUUCAAAAAACAUGCAACUAUGCUUCUUCUUCAUGCUUAAAAGCACCUGCUCCGUCGCCUUUAAUUAUUCCUUCAGUUCCUACUUCCCCGACGCCAAUUCCUCAACCACCUUCAGUGUCUCCUCCUCCUCCAACUCCUGAACAACCGUCUCCAAUUCCUCAACCACCUCCAACUCCUGGACCACCAUCUCCAAUUUCAGUUUCUCCUUCGCCGUCUCCAAUUCCUCAACCACCUCCAACUCCUGCACAACCAUCUCCAAUUUCAGUUUCUCCUUCUCCGUCUCCAAUUAUUCAACCACCUCCAACUCCUGAACAACCAUCUCCAGCGCCUCAACCAUCUCCUGACCAGCCACCAUCAUCUCCUCCUCCGACUCCUGGACCACCAUCUCCAAUUUCAGUUUCUCCUUCCCCGUCUCCAAUUCCUCAACCAUCUCCAAUUUCAGUUUCUCCUUCGCCGUCUCCAAUUCCUCAACCACCUCCAACUCCCGAACAACCAUCUCCAAUUUCAGUUUCUCCUUCCCCAUCUCCAAUUCCUCAACCACCUCCAACUCCUGAACAACCAUCUCCAGCGCCUCAACCAUCUCCUGACCAGCCACCAUCGUCUCCUCCUCCGACUCCAAAUCCUUUAGUUCCUCCACCACCACCACCAAAUCAUCCUAUCAGACCAAAGAAUUGUUUAGUAGCUGUCGUACGGUAUGACUCGUGUGAUCCAAAGGCACCAGAUACAAGUCAUUCACUUGCGACUCCUUAUGAAAAACAAUUCAUUCCAUCAGAAAGUGGUAUAGCCAAAAUAAAUGCAGCUGACUGCUGUGUAGCUUUGUCAAUCAUCGAUAAUAAAUGUGACGACUUGGUUAAAGAUAUGUCUUACGCUAAGCUGAGAGAAUUUUACCGGCUAGAGCAAGCUUGUUCAUCACCCUACGGGGAGGAAGCAAGGACAUAAUAUUUAAUUUUUUUGUUUCAUUUCUUCAGGAAUUUGAUUUAGGUAUUUAUUUAGGACCAGUCUCUAGUUUCUAGUUCUUUUUCAUUUUCAAAUUCUUCAGUCAUGAUCAGUGCCUUGUUCUAUAUUAUCUUGUUCAUUUGAUUAUAUUUUAUAUUUUGAUUUCCGCGUGGCCACUUGAAUUU